AUGGGUCAAACGGCGUCUUCCGCGUUGCCAGAUAGCAGCAAAAACUACGAAACCGACGGACGAAUUUCUCAUAAAAAGCACUUAGUGCCAGUAAGGGAGCAUCCAGGACAGUGGUGUUAUGUCAGCUGACCUCCCCCUCUUGCUGCUGCUGAGCUGCUGACUGUCACCCUGACCACCCCAUCAUUAUCAUGUCCCUGGGCGACAACCCUCACCUGCUGCUCGGCAGGAUCCGCUUCCUGAACAAGUGCAUUGAGAGUUUCAGGAGGAGCGAGCCGAUGCCGGAGUGUCUCUGUUAUGUCCCCAGAGAGGUGUGCUACAAGAUCUGCAAGGAUUCAUCUUCCUCCUCCUCCGCCUCCUCCGGAGCAUCAGCAGGAGGCUCUACCGUCGGAAAAACCGUCGUCUCCGUCUUUGAAGGUCCACAUCAGAUCCCUCAUAGCAAGAGAGCAUGCAAGUACAACAUUGAACCAAAGAAAGGGACUUGUAUCCGGACAACAGGGGAAGAAUACUGCAAUAGCCAGGGCCUAUGGGUCAAAAUCAAUAAGGAGCAGCUGGAGGAGCACCGUCCAGGUCAGGAGUUGGAGGAAGGCUGGAUCCUGGUGUGUAAACACACAGAGGGAGGCGACAGGCUGGUGCCGGUGGAGUCGCCAGAGAUCGUCAGCAGGCAGCAGCAGCUCCUCGGCUACGACCAUAAACCCUGCAACAGGUGGGAGCAGGUGGUGGAUGUUGAGAAUGCACUUUACAUCGGCGCCAAGCCCAAAAUCGCUGAGUGUGAUGACGCCGCCGUCCAGAAGCUAAGGUAUGUCCCUCCCACCUGGACAUACGAAUGUGACGAGGACCUGGUGCACUACUUCUAUGACCACAUAGGGAAAGAGGACGAGAACCUGGGGAGUGUGAAGCAGUGUGUGACCAGCAUCGAUGUUUCUUCAUGCUCAGAGGAUCCCAGUGGAGGAGCAAGCUGUCUGACAGAUGGUGACACUGAAACCUACUGGGAGAGUGACGGCAUGCAGGGACAACACUGGAUCCGCCUGCACAUGAAGAGAGGCACUGUGGUCAAUAAGCUGAUACUGACCGUGGACUCAACAGAUGACAACUACAUGCCCAAGAGAGUCACAGUUUAUGGAGGAGAGGGAGACAACCUGAAGAAGCUGAGCGAUGUCACCAUAGACGACAACCUGAUUGGAGAAGUGUGUGUGCUGGAGGACAUGACAUCCCACCUGCCUGUCAUUGAAAUCCGAAUUGAGGAAUGUAGAGAUGAGGGAAUAGACGUCCGGAUCCGAGGCUUGAAGAUCAAGUCGUCAUGUGAGAGGGACCUGGGCCUGAACGCUGACGUUUUCCAGUCCUCUAACCUGGUGCGCUACCCCCGUCUGCAGGGCACCCUGCCUGACGUCCUGUACCGCAGAGCAUUAGUCAUCCAGAGGUUCAUCUGCCUCCUGGACAGUGUACUCCCACACUUGGUGCCGGCCUGGGACUACAGCCUGGGUACCUUCAACCAGAUCAAAAGCAUAAAGCAGUUCCUGCUGCUGUCAAAGCGUCGCUCAGCCCUCAUCACUCAGUGCCUAAAGGACUCUGAGACCAGUAAGCCCAACUUCAUGCCCCGACUCUACAUCAACAGACGUCUGGCCAUGGAGCACAGAGACAACCCGUCUCUGGACCUGAGCUGUAAGAACGCUGUGUUCAGUCAGGUGUAUGAAGGGCUCAAGCCAUCUGACAAAUUUGAGAAGACCUUGGAUUAUAGGUGGCCCGCUCGCUAUGAUCAGUGGUGGGAGUGUAAGUUCAUUGCAGAGGGAAUCAUUGACCAGGGAGGUGGAUUUCGGGACAGUCUGGCAGACAUGUCUGAGGAGCUUUGCCCGAGCUCAGCCGAGUGUCCCAUGCCUCUGCCAUUCUUCUCCCGUACAUCCAACCAGGGCGCCUUAGAGGCCAGAGAUUACUACGUCCCCAACCCGUCCUGUAAAGAGUUCCACAAGUACGAGUGGAUCGGUCAGCUCAUGGGAGCUGCUCUCAGGGGAAAAGACUUCUUGGUCUUGGCUCUGCCCGGGCUGGUGUGGAAACAGCUGACUGGGGAAGCCGUCAGCUGGAGUAAAGAUUUCCCUGCUGUAGACUCUGUUCUGGUAAACCUGCUGGAGGCCAUGGAGAACAUGGACCAGGAGACGUUUGAGUUCAGGUUUGGGGAAGAGCUGGUGUACACCACCCUGCUGAGCGACGGCCAAAUGGUGGAGCUCAUCCCCGGCGGCAGUAAUGUGGCAGUUCGCUACGAGGACCGCAGCGAGUUCGUCCGCCUGGUGCAGAAAGCUCGGCUGGAGGAGAGCAAGAAGCAGAUUGCAGCCAUGCAGGCGGGGCUGCUGAAGGUGGUGCCUCAGGCGGUGCUGGACCUGCUCACCUGGCAGGAAGUGGAAAAGAAAGUGUGUGGAGACCCGGAGAUCACUGUGGAAGCCUUGAAACGACUCACACGAUAUGAAGACCUGGAGCAAAGUGACGUUAGGGUGCAGUACUUGUGGGAAGCGCUGUCAAACUUUACCAAUGAGGAUCGCAGCAGGUUUCUGAGGUUUGUAACUGGUAGAAGUCGUCUUCCCGCUCCUAUCUAUGUCUUUCCUGACAAACAAGGCUCUGAGACGACAGAUGCUCUUCCACAGUCCUCCACGUGUUCCAGCACUCUUUAUUUACCCAACUAUCCAAGUGCAAAGGUUUGUGAGGAGAAGCUGCGUUAUGCUGCAUACAACUGUGUGGCCAUCGAUACAGACAUGAGCCCCUGGGAGGAGUGAUCUCCCUGCUGCUUCACUGAACAAACUCUGGGCACUUUACAGAUCACUGAUGAAUGGAGAAGGCUUGCCAAGUUUAUCACCAUAUCUACACAACUGCCAAUUAAUCCUUUCUGUAUAUAAUAAAGAACUAUAUGGAAACAUGGA